UUCUGAAUUGGCCCAGACCGCUGCACUUGUGGCUGGGGUUUGAAAUUCCAGAGAUGAGUCCAAAACUUUGAGGCUAGCCGUAACCAUAUUCUGCAUUUGCACGAACGAGUCGAGUUCCAUCCAAGAGGCAGACACACCUGAGAGCCGAACGUGGCAGGGCAGCUGAAGUGAGGCCGAGGCGGAGGCUGGGAGAGUGCUCUGCGGAUGCAUUUCAUUUGGAAGGGGCCCCGACAAAGACAAUACGGAGGGUUUAAGGAGUGCCUUGGCCCGUUUACGCAACAGAACGGGCCCCUCAGUUCCACAACAACCCACACCGCCAACCUCUCCCCUGCCUACCUCCAACUCCAGAUACACCAAUCCCUACCAGCAUCCAGCCGCCAAUUCCUUGUCAUCGCCCACAUCUGCUGCCGUCUUGCCGCAUUCUAACGCGGUCUUAUCAUUAAAGCCAACGGAAGCGGCAUCGGCAUCGGCAACGGCCACUGGACGGGGAAGGGGACGAGAGAGGGCUGGUGCUGGUGCUGAAACUGAAACUGAAGCCGCUGGAAGCGCAGGAGCUAGAACAGGGGCAGCUCGCAUUACAGGAGCCAGGACAGGAGCUGCUGAUGCAGAUGGGAACCGCAUCAAUGGCCUCGUCCAGAACCCUGACCGCUAUGUGCCCGGCUCCCCCAUUUUUCGCGACAGCAGUCCAGCGCGCCCCGCCACCUCAGCCUCAGGGGCGCCUAUAACAGCUGCGCCUGCCCCGACCACGUCCAGGAGCCGCACCAAAGCCAUGACGGCGGCCGUAACGAAUGCAGCACAGGGCAGAGGAACCAACAGCAAUUCCAACGCCAUUAAAUCCAGGCCGCCCGCCUGCUACAUGAGCACCCGAUCGGCUGCCAUGAUGGCCCUGACUCUGGGCCAGACAUCGGGGGGCAGCUCCAACGUGAAAUCCUCGUCCGCCCAACAAACUUCCACUCCCGUUCUGGCCCAGGCCGUGUCCAGUCCGAGCUCAUCGCCGCGUCCCACCAACAGGAACGUCCCGAAUGUGGCUUCACCAACCAGCAGCGCGUCCAGGUCGAAGCCAUCCACCCCAACGGCAACGCGGGCAGCAGUGGCCGCAGCUCUGAACGGCGGUGGAAUCUUCUCCGGCGGCAGCAACUCCAGCGGGUCGGACAACGAUGGCUUCAGUACUUCCGGCUCGUCGACGGCCACGGCUCUGCGGCGGCUAUACUUUAAGAGCGGUCGCAGCAUCAAGAACAAGAUAAAUGCCUCGACAUCCUCGUCGUCAGCGACGCCACUGAACGGUCUGGCCCUGAAUCCCGUGUCCAGUGCCUACCACAAUUCCGUGAGUGGAUGCGGACCGGCGAUGCAUAGCGUGGGCGUGGGAGGUGGGGUGCCCAAGCUGGUGGUGAUGGGCACAUCGUCGGCCUCUAUUCCGGACACCAACAUCAAUACGUCCACAGACUCGGCCAGCACUCUCAUCACGAACGUAACCCACACGGACACCUCGGAGACGUGCGAUUCCCUGGACUUGGGCGACAACUCUGGUCCCAGUGAGCCGCUAUUCAGUUCCCUGGAGGAGCCCCUGCUCACCGCCAUUCAAAUCGAUUCCGAGCACGAGACGGGCGGCUGUGGUUCUGCUAAUGGACGCAGAGGCGUCGGCACUGAGCUGGAACUAACGAGCUGCUCGCGCUAUCCGCCGAGGCCCGACAUGAAUCUGCAGGACAGCACAGAGAGCCAAGAAUCCUGUUUAUCCAUCCUGACUGGCGACCAAUCGUCCACCACUCCACUGCUCUCGUCACAGCGGCGCCAAGCGGCGGGUGGCCACUCACCCGGCAGCCGGAGGGAGGAGCGACAGCCCAGCACGGCGCCUCCGCCGACACGGGCCCGGGACCACUUCACCUUCGAUCCCCCGCUGUCGCCCAAGUCGGCGCGCAGCAGCGAGAAGGCCCGCAGUCACUUCCCAUUCAAGGACGAGCCCCGAGCACAGGCGCAGGCACAAGCACAAGCACAGCAGACGCGGCGCGGCUACAACUCGCACAACGCGGGAUCCACCAACGGAGCAGCGGGAAAAGGAGUUGGAGCCGGAACGGAGGGAGGAAUUGGACCCGGAGGUGGUGGGGGUCGCACUGUGGCAGCUAGCGAGGGCGAUGAGGAGGAUGACGAGCGGAGCGGGGCAAGCGCCGCCAAUCGCAACAAGAAGCUUCGGCCCAGGGAGCGCGACCCAAAUGCUAAUGACAGCUCUCGAACAUACAUAUCCCCCGGAGUUUCGCCAUCGAACAGCCGGCGCAGCAGCCCCAAGCGGGAGAAGAAGCGUACCACACCCUCCGCCUCCACGGGCGCCAUCGCCAAGGUCAGCUCGGCGCCGCCCACGACGAAGGAUGGGCACUUUUUCAGCGCAUCUGGCAAGCAACAGCACCAGAACCAGCGGCAGACCCCGCAGCAGCUGUCGCCCUCGUCCUCGAUGAGUGCCCAGCAGAGGAAGUACUCCUCGAGCUCCUCCAGCGGGAGCAGCGAGCGCUGUCUGCGCGAGCUGGCGGCGGCGCCGGGCACCAUGUUUCCCUUCGACCGGGAGGCCCUGGACCACGAGAGAAUCCAGAGGGAGUGCUUUGCCCGCAGCUCGUCGACGGCCAGCGCCAGCAGCGACUCGGACGAGGCGGAGAACCGUUCGGUGUACGAGCGGAAGCUGGGGGCAGACAUUUUCCAGCAGUACUCGCGGCUCACCCAACAAGAGCAGCUGCAGCAGCAGCAACAGCAACGGGAGUGGGAGAGGGACCGACCACCAUCCCGGAAGAACUCGAAGCGUAUCCGGCCGGACUCGGUGAUCCACACGACCAUCCGGGAGAACCAGCAGUAUGUGCCGCAGUCGGACGCCUUCUACCCCCAGGCCAAAUCCUCCUCCUCGCCCAGCGACCACUCCUACGCGGAGCUGAACAAGUUCGACGACAUAGCCAACAAGUUUGAGCAGAUCCCGCCCAAGCACGGCUCCAGCUCCACCCUCAACCUGCACAUGCCCAGUCCGGGCAGCGAUUCCGGCCAGCAGGCCCUCAGUCCAACGACGGACGCCACCCGAAAGCGCUCCUUCAAGAGCAAGUCGAAGAACAGACCGAAGGGGGAUUACGGUUUCCAGUUGGAGGAGCGUGGCGCCGGGCCCAUCAAUGUGACCGCCAAUCCCAUGGAGGCGGCUGCUGUCUGCAAGCAGCCACGCGCCACCAUCGUUGUCCAACAACCAUCUCUGAGCCUGGACAGCACCGUGGAGACCCUGCUGAUCAAGAACGAGGGCGAUUUCAUCAGCGUGGAGCAGGGCAAGGAGCUGAAUGCCCGCAAACGCAACUCCCAACAACUGGCCCAUGCCCCCACCCACAGUCAUCAUCAUCACAGCCAUCACCAGCAGCAGGAGCAGCAGCAUCAACAGCAUCAACAGCAGAAGCAGCAGCAGCACCACCAUCAUCCGCAGCAGCACAAGCGGGACGAGAACAUGAGGCAGCUGCUGGAUGUGACCAAUACGCUCACCAUUGAGGAGCUGCGCGACUUUGAAAUGCGCUACGGCUCGCCCCAUCACAGCCGCUCCCAGUCGGUGAAGAUGCCCGGCAGUCGCGCCUCCGGCAGGCCCAAUCAGCUAUGUCUCCCCCAACAGAGAUCCAGAGUGGCUUCCAUGCCCAACACUGGUGUCGAGGAGGAGUACUACCGCCUGCGCCACUUCUCCAUCACGGGCAAGGGUGUGGUGAACCGCGGCGACUCGCUCAAGAGCCGCCGCAGCCGCUCCAACAACAGUGUGGCAAGCUCGAAUUCCAGCACAGAGCACUUGACCGCCCAGCAGCAGCAGCUACAGCUGCAGCAGCAGCAACAGCAACAGAUACAGCAGCUGCCUGCCCCCACCUCCAGCUCUGCCAGAACAUCGCUCGCCUCCAGCCGGGAGAGCAGCACCUCCAAUCCGGGCAACGGGCCAUACAGGGUACUCAUGCUGGGGGGUCCGGCCGUGGGCAAGAGUUCGCUGGUCUCGCAGUUCAUGACGUCGGAGUAUCUGCACGCCUACGACACGAGCAUCGAUGAUGAGUCUGGCGAGAAGGCCGUAUCAGUAUUACUCAGUGGCGAGGAAUCGGAAUUGAUAUUCAUCGACCAUGGAUACACCGAAAUGACUCCGGAUGAGUGCUUGACCAACUAUGAUCCUCAUGGCUACUGCGUCAUAUACUCGGCUGCAGACCGUAGCAGCUUCACCGUGGCGGAGCAGGUGCUCCAGGUGCUCUGGACCAAUCAGAACAUUGCGCAGAAAGCAGUCAUAUUGGUGUCGAACAAAUCGGACCUGGCCAGGAGUCGACUGGUUACAUCUGAAGAGGGAAAGGCCAUGGCCACCGCCUACGAUUGUAAAUUCAUCGAGACUUCGGUGGGCAUCAAUCACAACGUGGACGAGCUGCUGGUGGGACUGCUCUCGCAGAUACGCCUCAAGCUGGAGAACCCCGAGAAGUCCAGAGAUCUGUUCCGGAAGCGUUCGAUUAGAAAGUCAAAGCGUCGCGCCUGCUCACCGCUGAACGCUGGCUGCCUGAAUGCCAACAGCCCGCUGGGACCGCUGGGCGGGCCUCUGGGCGAGGCCCCCGGCACGCCACCAGGAAGCUCCCAAAGCAGUCCCCGUAAAUAUCGCGGCUCACGAACCUCCACCAGCCUGAAGGUGAAGGGACUACUGGGACGUGUCUGGACCAGGGAUUCCAAGUCCAAGAGCUGCGAGAAUCUGCAUGUGCUCUAAGCAAUUGGAGGAUGCCCCUCCAUUGCAUAAUGUGCGUUUGUUUUCCAGAAAGAACCAAAGAACGCAACACUAAACCGAAUCCCGAGGAUUUCCUAUAGAGUAUAAGAGGGCGCUGAGCCUCCCAAAAAAUUGCCUAAGUUACAGACUCGAUGACUCAUUUGUACAUAUUGUAUAAUUUUAGUUAAAUCGUAUUCUUUACUCUAGUCAUUUCUACAUUAAAUCCUGUAUAUAGUUUGCUUAAAUAUAAAAACCCUAUUUAUAA